AUGAAUGCUCCACUCCCAGAGAAAAUGAUGCAGAAAUUCAAUCAGUAGAUGGAUGUGUAUUUGAAACACGAGGAGUUGCAGGCAAAGCAGAGAAAAAUCAAUGAAUAGAAAUUGCAGAACAUUUUCGAUCGCAAUCUCUAACUAGAAGCCAAGGAUCGAAAAAUGAAGGAAUAAAUCCUCUCCUCACGAUACUAGAAUGAGUAACUGAAGAUCUCGUAGGAGAAAUUGAAAUAACUGCAGGAACUAGAGAAGCAAAAAAAGGAGAGGAAGGCAUCCUAAUCUGAACUGUGGUAAAUGGAUUAGAAACAACAUGAGAAGGAAAUCAAACAAAGGAUACUCGAAAUAUAGACCAAGCUCAAAUUUGAGGAGUUUAAAAAGAAGACCGAUGACUUGAUGAAUCAACUGGAUUAUAAUCUAAGAAGAGUCAACGUUCUUUACAUUGAGAAAUAGGAACAGAAACAGAAAUAUCUGAAUGAUUAUAUGAGCUAAAAAUAGUUGACUUUAAAUUCGUCUAUGCACAUCAAUGAAUCUCAUAAUCAAAAUGUCUAUUCCAAUUACUAAAUGCAGAUGAAGAGGAUUCAAGAAAUUUGUGAACAAAAGUUGAAGAAUUAUGAAAGCAAAAUUAAUAGGAUUUAUAAACAGAAAUAUGAGAAAAUGGAUUAGAUCUACCAGAAGGCUCAGCAAUCUUAGGAACAUUUGGAAUAGAUCAAGGAAAAGUAGAAUCAGAUAUUUUAGAUGAAAAUAAAAAAAAUAAAAGAAAAGAUAGAUUAUUUUUAGGAGAAGAUAAAUAUAAUUGAGAAGAAGAGAUUAACCAAUUUAUAACUUACUUAUAAUAAGGAACACGAGCAUCAUCAACAAAUGAACUAAAUUAGAGCGAGAUCUGAGAAUAUAUUUAGGAAUAAGUCACUCAAUAUGUUGAAUAAGCAGAUUUUGAAAGAAUAAACCUUUCAAUUGGUGCAAAGUCAGAACUAAUUGGAAUUGGAGUCGAAACUCUCGAGACUGAAUUAGAAAUGGCUGAUACAACAAUCGUAAGUGGCUAGGGCAGAUAAACUUAAAUUGUCCUAUCUUCAACAAUUGGAACUAAAAAUAAGUUAGAGAGAUCAAAGAUUAAAAGAUUAGAUUUAAAAUAAAUUAGAAAUUUAAAGGAGAAGGUUGAAAGUUAUUGAAGACAUGGAAAAGUAGAAAAGAGAUAUGUUUUUGAAAUUAGAAUCUGAUAAAGUACAUCCAUAAAACACUUCGGAGUUGAAGUAUUUCCAUAGCACUCCUAAGGAAUAAUCUAAAUUAUUUAUAACCUGA